AUGGUGCGGACCCGGGAUGCGCCGCCUCCUCUCGGGGUCUGUGCCGCCACCAUUGCUGCCACGUUCUUCCGAGAAGCCAUCGUCACCGCGUUGGUCGUCGUACUUGGCGUCGCUGGAUGCUUCAUCGACACAUCAAGUCAGAAUUGGAAUCGCAAUCGAAUCUCGAAGACACCCGUUCGGAUUCCAUGGCGACCUGACCUCGCCGAGGUGGACAACGCUCCUGACCUCACCGGGCACGAUCAAGCAAGCGUCAAUGCUGGAUUGCCUAUUGGACCUUCUGUCAGGGUUCAUACUUUGGUUCAUGGCAUAUACACUAUGAAAAAGCUGAACAAGCACAACUAUCCAAUUGGAAAGCGCAUGCAACAAGUGGGAAUAAUGAUUUUCGCAUUAGUAAUGGGCACACUUGGCUUCCAAGUGCCGAUUGAAUCAGGGCACCAACUCAUAACUCAGAUUGUGCUCUACAUUGACGUGGGCACACUGAUUGGCAAGUCCAAGUCCGGCAGCGGAGUACCUGAUGAAGCUCACAUAACUGAUCUGGAACCACCAUGA